AUGCCCGCCGGCGGCCAUGCGGCGCCUGCUGCGCCGCUCGCCGCAGGCCAGACGGGCAAGGCGCUGCGCUUCAGCAUCGCCUUCUUCGUCUUUGGCCUGCUCAACAAUGCGCUCUACGUCGUCAUCCUCACCGCCGCCGUCGAGCUGCUACCCGCCGGCGUACCCACGGGCGUCGUGGCGCUGACGAACAUCGCGCCCGCACUGCUAGCCAAGGCGGUGUGGCCGUAUGCGCUGCGCGGUCAGGUGCGCUACGCGCGGCGCAUUGCGGCAUGUGCGCUGCUGAGCGCGGUCGGCAUGCUGCUCGUCGGGCAUAGUCCAGUACUCGCCUCGCGGCUCACUGGCAUCGGCAUCGCCUCGUUCAGCUCUGGGCUGGGCGAGCUGACGUUCCUGCAGCUGAGCACGCGCUACGGGCGGCGAGCAGGCCAGGCGGUCGGAUGGUUUGCCAGCGGCACCGGCGCCGCAGGCCUGCUCGGUGCCGCCGCGUGGUGGCUCGUCCGGCCGCUCGGCGUGGCGCUGGGCCUCUCGCUGCUCGCGGCGCUGCCGCUGCUCAUGGCGGCGUGCUACCUCGUCCUCCUGCCCUCGCGCGAGGCGCUCGAGGGCGACGCUGCCUACCGCACGCUUGCCGAGAGCGAGCCGACGCCGCGCGCCUCGAUGGCGUCCGAGUCCGACGACGACGAGGAGCUGCUGCGGCCGCGUGCGCAGCGCCGCGAGAGCAUGGACGUGGCGCCGCUGCCCUUUGGCCGCGGUGCCGGCUCGGCCCGCGCCGUGCCGUUUGCGCGCAAGAUGCUGCUGCUGCGGCCCAUGCUGCUUGUCUACAUCGCGCCGCUGGUGCUCGUGUACCUGCUCGAGUACACGAUCAACCAGGGCAUCGCGCCCACGCUGCUCUACCCGCUGCCGUCGACGUCGCAGCACCCGCUGCUCGGGCGCAUCAUCCGCAAGCUGGCAGACUACUACGUGGUGUACCAGACGACGUACCAGGCCUUCGUCUUCCUCUCGCGCAGCUCCAUCUCGAUGCUGCGCAUGCCGGCGAUCCCGCGCUCCUGGCUCUGGGCGCCGGCCGUGAUGCAGGCGCUGCUCGUGGCGCUGCUGGCGUCCGAGAGCCUGUAUGCGUGGUUCCGGCCGAGCAUCGCCAGCCCGCUCGUCAUCGUGCUCGUCUGCGUCGAGGGCCUGGCGGGCGGCAGCGCCUACGUGUCCGUCUUCUACCACAUCGGCACAGAUCCGCCGUCGCCAGCGCCCAAGACGGCCAGCGGCGCUCUGCUGGACGAGACAGACGAGGAGCGCGAGGAGCGCCAGGGACAGGAGCAGGAGUUCCGCAUCGGCAGUGUCGGCCUCGGCGACACGCUCGGCAUCCUCGUGGCUGCGCUCAUCUCGAUGCCCAUCGAGGUGUCGCUCUGUGCAGCACAGGUGGCCAGCGGGCGGACACUCUGCCGCGAGGUCAAGUCAUAG